AUGCCACAAGGGCAGGCAGGACACGGUAACCCCAGCGGCGUGCCGCAGCCCGGCACCGCCCGGCUCUGCCCGCAGCGACACCGAGACCGCAGCCUCCCGCCGGGCGGGGAGCGAGAGGACAGCAGGGCCGGGGCCGCCCCGCUCCUCGCGGCGGGCUCACGGCAGGGGGACGGCGAGAGCCACCCCCCCGCGCCCGGGCCCCAGCGAGGCCCCUUCCCCCGGGAAGCCGCUCUGCCCCUCAGCCACGGCGCCGCCAGAGCCCGCGGCUCCAGUUUCAGAGUGGGAAGCGGCCCGCGGCGAAGCCAACACAAAGGGGCCCCUGUCCCCGCCGCGGAGCGGAGGCGUCGGCUGCGGAGAGAGGCGGGCGGGGAAGCGGGAGCGGGGCGGCCCGCCGAGCCCCCAGCGGUGCGAGCCGCCGGGCGCCCGAUGAAGGUCAGAUCGGCGGCCGGGCAGCGCGGGGCUCCGCCGGGAGCCUCCCCCAGCCGCACGGCAGCCCGCCGAGCCUCGCCGCGCCCGCAGGCAGCGCGUCGCGCAGCCGCCUCCUCUCCACGAAGAAACUUUUCCCUCGCGGCAGCCGCCGAGCCGCCAGGAGCCCCAGCGCUCCGCACAGAGCCGGCCCGGCAGGAGACACCUCGCUUACCUCGCCGGCAGCACGGUACGGCGCGGCCCGGCGGUCAGCAGGCACCUGGGCCGAGCGGGACGGGCCCUCCCCUAUUUCAGCCGCGGGACGCGGGGGCUCCCGCCCCGCCCCCAGCAGCUGCCGGCAGGGCGGGCCCGGCGCUGGGGGCAGCCCGCUGGCGGCGGGGCAGCGCCGAAGAGGCUCCCUCCGCUCCGCCCUCUCCUGAUCCAAUUAACGGGCCCUGCCCGGGCAGGUGGGGUCGGGCUGGGGGGCGGCGUUCUCCCUCGGUGCCGGGAGCCGGGUGA